UGUUUUUCAAUAGGUAAUUAUUAUUGUUGGCAUUACAUAUCGUUCAGACUGUAACGUUAUGAGUUCAGCCAGACCACAGCUUAAAGCGUUAUCUACUGUAGAAGGCGUUAGUAUAGUCCUUCCUCUUUCAGAAGCUCUCAACGGAAUAGGCGACUUUCUAAUCGUGAUCUGUCUUUGAGUUUCUUCUUCAUUAAAGAAGAGGGCUCCAAUAGUUUCACGAUUUGACAUGUGCACACGCCUGAACCUUUCCUUCUGAUCUGCGGAUUCUGGGGUCUGUGCAAUUGUCAUCUGUAGCGCCUUUACCUCUGAAGAAAGAAAAGAAAGAAACAGGACAGAAUGGCGGCUCUACAGUUCUGCGAUGCGUUUUGGGGGUCAGACUUUUCCGAUCUCUCGGGUUAUGAGGCCCUCCUCCAGAGGCUGAAUGAUGGCAGACGAAUGUGCAAGGAUGUGGAGGAGCUACUCAGAAUGAGAGCAGUAGCAGAGGAAAAGUUUGGAAAAGAGCUGGUGGCAAUAGCACGGCGGUCAGGAGGUCACACAGAGAUCAGCACAUUAAGGGCAUCUUUUGAGCAGCUUAAAGCAGAAAUUGAGAACACGGGCACUCAGCACAUCCUGCUAUCUGGGAUGAUAAAAGAGGAAGUUCAGAAAAUAGCAGUGUUCCGAGAACAUCAGAGAGAACAAAGAAAAAAGCUGGAGGAGAUCAUUGAGAAGGUCCAGAAGCCCAUAGAGGCCCUGCACAAAAAAACCAUGGAGUCUAAGAGAUGUUAUGAGCAGAGGUGUAAAGAGGCAGAUGAGUCUGAGCACUGUGUGGAGAGGAAGAACAGUCCAGCAGCCACAACCACCCACAGGCAAACAGAGAGGGUUCUAAACAGGGCCCGGUUGUGCAGGCAGGCAGCCCGACUUGCAGAAAAACAGUUAAUGUGGAAUGUUGAGCAGCUGGAUAAAAUUCGUCAAGACUGGGAAAGCACAUACAGAAGUACAUGUGAGGUGUUCCAGCAGCAGGAGGUGGACCGUAUUAAGAUGUUACGCUGUGUGUUAUGGGAUCACUGUAAUCAGCUGUCCAUGCAGUGUGUAAAGGACGAUGAGUGCUAUGAGGAAGCGAGGAAGGUUCUAGAACAGUGUGACACCACUACAGACAACAACUGUUUCAUUCAAAUGCGAAGGACAAGCUUCAGCCCACCAAACUCUGUGCAGUUUCAGAGUUACUACAUCACAGACACCAACGGACAGGUAGACGGACAAGAUGAACACGGGUUGUCCUGUUUGCAGCUGGAGACAUCUGCUGUGCACAACUUGACUGUUUCAGUGGCUCCAUCUCAUCAGGUCACAGUAGCUCAAGAUCAUUUAAGUGGAGCAUUUGUCACUCAGGAGCAUGGAGAGACUGAGGACGAAAAGUAUAAAGUUUUAUAUGCUUAUGAAGCGCAGGAUUCAGACGAGCUUUCUAUCACUUGUGGCGAAAUUGUGAUGAUAACUGAGCAGGGUGAUGAUGGCUGGUGGACAGCUCGAAAGGGUGACCUCAUCGGCCUCGUGCCUGGAACUUACUUAAUCAAGGUCUGACCAAGAUGACCCUGCAGAACACUGGGUGCCACAUCAUCUGUCUAAACCAAACUCACCUUCCCACAGGCUGAGCAGGACUUCUAAGUGACCGCAAGCCAUUCAGAGAAGUAACUGUUUGUAUCAUAUGAUUGGACAACUUUUCACCCUUAGCUACCACCAUCGUCCAAUCCCUGCCCCAGCGACCGCUCUUUGACCAUCACGUUAUGGGAAAAGGGAUCUCAUUAGGUUAAAUAUAACAUGAGUUUGCUCUGUUCAAUUUGUUGCCCUAGUGGAAAAGGUACUUAAUUAUUAAUUAUUAACUUAAUCUAUGCUGCAAAUCCACUAACAAAUGUAUGUACUCAUAGUAAAAAUUUAAGCACUUAUAAAUACAUGACUAUAAAUAUCUUUAGUUCAUUUUAGUUCAAUCUUCACAAAAUGGCCUUAUUAUAUACUUGUUUUCAAACUUAUUGUAGAUUUAAAAAAUUCCAUAUAGACAGUUAUUACAGCAAUGUUCUUAAAGCAUACUUUAAAAUAUCCUUCUAUGAUACUUACAUUUUACUCAAGUCUGGGUUGAAUGAUUGCAUUAUGAUGCAUAUACUUUGAAAAUGCUACUAAGUAGGAUACUCAAAUAAUAUUUAAUUACUAAUAUAUUUCACUGUACUUUUUAAUAAUAAUGGAGAAAAUAAAUUACUUAUUAAAUAUGUGCUUUUUACCUACCUUUCUGGACUAUAUAGUACAUUAUAGUUUUCUCGACAUACUAGAAUUAAUCAGGCAAUAUUUCUCAUUAAAGUUUUCUGUGUGGAGUGGUUUUCUGACAUUUAGUCUAAAUUGAUGGAUUCCUGCUGCCAUUGCUAAUUAACUCUAGCCUACUUUUGGAUACUAUUAAAUAUUAUUUUUAAAAAGCAUGUAAAUAUUUUAUUAUUAAACUCAAUGUAAGCUUGAAUGUGCUGAACUACUACAGCACACCAAGAGGAGGAAUGGCCACAGAGAAUUUGAUUCCUCUUUAAACUGGAGAAGUAGUUUGUUAAACUCACAGAGAAGAUGGAAAUCAGAGGAUGACGACUAGUAUGGACAACGCAGACAGAGAAAUACAACCCCACCAAAGAGAAUAAAGAAGGCAAGGAGCUUCCGUGAGAAAUGUGAUGAACACUAGAGGGCAACUGAGAGACAUGCACUAUAAAAGAAAAAUGCACUCCGUGAGGAAGGCAUAAGAGAGGAGGCGGAGUCUCAGACAGACAGAGCUGUGAGGAUUAAGAGAGGAAGUGGGGUCUCAGACAGAGGGAGAUGUGAGGAUUAAGAGAGGAAGCGGGGUCUCAGACAGAGGGAGAUGUGAGGAUUAAGAGAGGAGGCGGAGUUUGCCACCAUGGACAAAUGAGACAUUACAUUUUCCCAGAAUUAAUUACAGGUUUUGUGCCCUUACAUUACCUUAGCUGCCUGUUGGUUACAACCUGAGAAUCACAUCACAGAAUAUUCUGCUAAAACAAUCAGGUGACUCCAAAGGAGGACAAAAAGUGGGAUGUUAAUUUAUUCAAAUGUUUAUGGCAGGUGUGCCAUAUGUGUGUUUGUGUGUGUG